AGAAAAGAAAAUAACGCACAAAUAACGAAUGAGUUUUGCUUUAAUAAUUUCUUUAGGAAUUUGUUUUCUCUAAUGUCCGAUUUUGUAAAAUUGUUAUGCAGCGAAUGUUAAAUAAAAACAACUAACGAUAAUUGUGCGUACGAGUAAGAAAAACACGUUCUCGUUUCAAGUCAAUGGGACUUGCUUCCUAGCAAAAGCCAACUGGAACAUAAUACGCAACAAAGUAUAGCGUCCCGGCACCGCAAAAUAAAUUAUGAAAAAAGUUAUUCGUUUAUUAACGCCAACGAAGCGAUUACUCAAAUCCGGAUCAACUCUCCUCAUGUUUUUAAUAAUCGGCCAGUUAGUGCCUUUUAUUCAUGCAUCCGGAUUGACAGAAGAAGGUCGAAAACUCUUUGGAGGAUAUCGCAUAACACCAAAACAAUGUCGAGCAGGCAAAACCUUAAGAGAUGAGGAAUUUAAAACGAAGGGGACGACGAUUUGUAUGUUCAAUCAUGAGUGUGCCCAACGUGGAGGGGAAGUUGUAGGUGCAUGCAUGGAUGGAUUUUUGUUUGGAGCUUGCUGUCAUGUUGCUACUGAACUGGAUGCAACUAGUACUUUGAUUAACGACGCACAGAAUGCAUACUAUCACCAUUAUCAACAGCAGAAGCUGCAAGAGCAUGAAAAAGAUACAAAUAAACUUGCAGCCCAGACUUAUGGUAUGUUUUCAACUGAAAAUGCUGCACAAAUCGAAAAAGAUUACACAAUUUCCAGUGGCUCUAUGCUACAAAACUUAAUUCAUACCCCUCCCGGAAAUCACAAGCAAAGCAAUAAGAAUCACAACACGAGUAAUAUGCAAGCAUUAGAACUUAAGGAACCUACGAAUGGUUAUCAAUAUGGAGAGGGAAUCAAAGAGCCUACAAAAGGUUACCAACACGGGGAAGAAGUCAAAGAGCCUAUGAAGGAUUAUCAACACGAAGGAGAAGUCAAAGAUAAAGUAACUUCGCAUGCCAAUAAUAACGUUUUAACCGCCAGUAGUCAAAAACCUCUGAAACUUCAAAUUCACGCAAGCUCCUUUAAGCCAUCGUUCUCUGAGAAGGUUUCUCCGAAUUCUAAUUUUGUGUUACAUACUCUGAUACCACAUAGCAUUGCAUCUACCACCGAAAUUGCUACAGAAAUAACGGAGAAUAAUUCAUAUACAGGACUGCCUUCUUUAAUUACUUACAAGCCCUUAAAAUUGGAAACGCAGCAUGUUCAAGAUCACACUAAAGAUCAGUAUGUGUUAAUUCAUACGAUUUCCAAUAAUGAAGACAUUAAGAAUCCGGUUUCUAAUAAUUAUACCACCGCUUCGGCUGUUACCGCUCAUGUAGAUUCUAUUGAGACCAUUAUUCAGCAAUUAAAUCACAGCAACCACGGUCCAGCUUAUAAUGUCUUAACCGAAACCGACCCCAACUAUAUUCAUAUUAGAAAAAAUACAACUAGCGACAAGAGUUCUCCUAAUACGAAGCCGAAUCUUACAUGUAUACCCUCAAAAUAUAACACCUGCCAAGAGAAAGUUUUGGAAACUUCAACUUCUUCCUACGUGCCGCUCUCGUCAAAUAAACCAUCAACUAUAAGGGACUCCUAUGUUCCGCUUAAAAACCCUGCCGCAGGAAACAGUUAUAUUCACAUUUCAUCUUCUAACAAUCCGCUCUCCAGUUUUAGUAAGUUACCAGCAAUAGGGGUUGCAUAUCCCGUAAACAUGUCGGAUAUAGAUGAUCUGAUUAACGAAGAAAGCAACACAGCUAUGCAGAGUUCUGUAUUAGGUCAAGCGUACCCUAGUUCAAGCACUAAACGCCCUACAAACCCCUAUCACAACCAACCGCUGCUUCCCAAUGCAGUAUUAGUUUCUUCAUCAACUACAAACGUCCACGAAUAUUCUAAAUAUUCGGAAUCAACUUCACGAAAACCAACCGUAAUAUAUAUUUCUACGACUACAGAGAAGCCAGCUAAAUCUACAACGGCAAAACCACCAGCAUCUAGUAAUACGUUAAAUCUACUAUCGAGUACCACCGAACUUGUUCCUCUUACGGAAAAGACGCAACCACCUAAACUAAUAGAAAACUUUAUCUCAAGUACAACGCGACAACCGCCUAUAACUGUUAAACCUCCGAAAAAACAUCUUAACAACUCCAUAUCUACCAGUUACGUCACAGGUCCAACGUCGCCUAGACCCACAACUCACGUCGAAUAUCAUUACAGCAACGUGCCUCCAUUAAUUGUUACUGAUGAUAAAUUGGAUUCAUUCGUACUGAGUACUGCUCAAACUUUAGCUUCAGUCACACCAACAGAAGAAAUGGCUCCCUCUUCGCCCAAUUAUAUGAUCCCGCCAAUUAUUAGUUCAGCAGCACCGAUUCAGAGCCAUAAACCGCAGCCUCAGUACAAUGCUCAAAAAAAGCCUAGCUUCGUUAAAGUUCAAUCAACCGUUCGUCCUUUGGCUCCUACCGUUCUUAUCACUCCUAAGCCGACAACGAUAAAUACACCACCAAGCAACUUUAAUCAAUUGUCAAAUCAUAUCGGCACCUCCGCUAUUCACAACUCAUUGGAUUUGACAAAGCUAGUAUUAGCUGGAAAUUCAAGACCAACCGCAUCCAGCACUGUCACCGUCACCGAUAAUGUGAGUAAUUUCGACGACGCUGGCUAUUUUGGAGCUUUUGAUUAUGACCAGCCAAUAAGACCUGCGAUUACGCAAGCCAUUACCGAAUCAGGCGUACCAUCCGAUGAUAAACCCGCUUUUCCUGGAUACUACGGUCCAACGCCUACGUAUCCGACUUUUCAAGUGCCAAGCGAAAAAAUUGAAUCUCCCAUUGAAGAAGAAGAAACAUACACCUCUCCCAAUGACUUUGUCAAUUUUCCACCUGUACGUAAUCCUAAUCUUAACAUGUCCGCAACCUCCAGUGCUGUCACGAAUGAUUUCGACCUAUCUACUCCCACCUUUAUUGAAGAUCAUUUGCUUAAAACUAAAAUGAAUACUUUGGUGCAUAAAAUAGUAGAAUCUCUUCAAGGAAACUUCGAGGAUCUUGCCAAUUUGAUAGAGCAAAGUAACGAUACAGUUCCAAUUCACAACGAUGAAUACACAGCAAAUGUCGUCGCUACAACUCACAAAUCGACUCGCAAGCCUACCACAAUAGCCACCACCUAUAAACCUAGGGUAACAACUAAAAAGUCUGUAACACGUCUGUCAACUAAAGCCCCCGUUAAAAAGCCGACAUCUUCGAGGAAACCAGUCUCUACGACGAAAAAGCCUGUGGUGAGGCGAACGACGACCACAACUCGUAAACCAGGUACUAGAAAACCAACCAAAAAAUUAACGACCACUACUACAGCUGCACAAGUCGAAGACGACCUCAUCGACGAAGAAGACAGUGAAGAUACUAAUCCUAGCGAAAAUGAAAUCGCUGACGUUGAGGAUACGCCAUUGGGCUCUGGGGGCCGUAAAUUUCAAUGCGGAAUGAGACCUCAGAUCAAAACGGGCAGAAUUGUAGGAGGAAAAGGGUCAACUUUCGGUGCUUAUCCAUGGCAGGUGUUAGUUCGAGAGUCAACGUGGCUUGGUUUGUUUACAAAGAAUAAAUGUGGCGGAGUUCUAAUCACUAAUCGAUUCGUUAUUACGGCUGCGCAUUGUCAACCGGGAUUUCUAGCAUCUUUGGUUGCAGUUAUGGGAGAAUUUGAUAUUUCCGGUGAUUUGGAGAGCAAACGUGCCAUCACUAAAAACGUAAAGCGGGUAAUCGUUCACCGUCAAUACGAGCCAGCAACGUUCGAAAAUGAUAUUGCGCUUUUGGAACUUGACAAUGCGGUUCAAUAUGAUUCCCAUAUAGUGCCGAUUUGUAUGCCGUCCGACAAAGCUGAUUUUACGGGGCGCAUGGCCACAGUUACUGGCUGGGGCCGUUUAAAAUACGGCGGUGGGGUACCGUCGGUUCUACAGGAAGUUCAGGUUCCAAUCAUAGAGAAUAGCGUCUGUCAAGAGAUGUUUCAUACAGCCGGUCAAAAUAAACGAAUAUUAAAUUCAUUCCUUUGUGCUGGAUAUGCUAAUGGCCAAAAAGAUUCAUGCGAAGGAGAUAGUGGUGGACCUUUAGUGCUUCAACGACCAGAUGGAAGAUACGAACUAGCUGGCACGGUAUCGCAUGGAAUCAAGUGCGCUCUUCCUUAUUUACCUGGCAUUUAUAUGCGGACAACUUUCUAUAAGCCCUGGUUGAGAAGUAUUACAGGAGUGAAGUAAAACUGGUUUCGCGAGAAGCAAACCAAACUUUAAAGCACUAUGAGUUAGCGCAAAUUUCUGGACCGACAGAAGCAAAUAAUUGCAUAUGUCAGUUCUUUCGUUAUUUGUCGCUCUUACCGGCAAUUUCAUCUACGAUAUGGAAAGAUUGAAAAGCGAAAACAAUUUGAGAUUUAAUUUACAAGAAUGAAUCCUUUAAAAUUUGACUUUUCAUAUGAAAUAACACACAAGUACAUCUUAUUUUAAUAUAACAUAGCAAAAAUUGUGAAAAUUUAACAAUUCAUAUGAAUGAUUUUAAGAACAGACCCAUACAGUUAUCUUUAUCAAAUCCCAUACAUAUUAUGAUAAAAUUUUUUUCUUUGUAUAAUUAAUAUUUUUAGAAAAUUUAUUUAUUUAUUUUUGUUUUUUGGUUUUGUGCUUAAAACUAUAUUUAUGAUUACAUUUACGCUUCUUCAACUCCUUUUAGGAAACUAAAUAUUAGUAGUGAAAAUUUGCAAUCAGCUAGUUUUUUACCUACCUGUCAAAAGCCACGACAAAGAUUAGACUCGCUGUUCCGCCUAUAGAUACGGUUAUAACAAAUCUGUGUGGGCCUCAGCAAUCGUGAAGUUGUUAUGAUUAAUUGUUCAAAUUUUUUUAAAAAAUGUGUAGAUAUUGCAUUAGAAAAAAUUGAUAUAGAAAAAACUAGAAUAAAUGUUACCUCAAUUUACGUGAACGAAAAUGGUGCGCCCCCCUGAAAAUAUUAUUAAAUACUUAAAUACAUUUUUGAGUUGAUCAUUCAUACCCUAUAAACACCUAAGGUAUUUCCAAGCAAGAGAUUUAUAUGAAGAUAACAAUCUGUUAAGCGUAGGAAAAAAAUUAUUUGGAUAAAACUUUUUCAGAUCAAGCUGAGUUAGUUUUCUUUUAAAUACAAGCUGAGCCUAUAUAUGAUUCAUUUCAAUUUUCGGUGUUUUUUUUCCGUUUCUUCUAAUUUUCUAAUUUAGGGAAGAUUUUCACAAAAAAAUAACAAACCUGCCUAUAAUGAAUGUAAAGAGGCCAGCAUAGUUCGGCAUAUAUGUAAAUAUUAUAAGAGGAGCAGCUAAAUUAAUGCUAUCGUAUAAGAUAUGGAAGCACUUUAUAUACUUAUGCACUAAAUAGAACAUUUAUUUCCAGCAUUGUCCUUCUUCUUUUUUUUCUUGGUCGACCAACACAGUGGAUCGUCAGUAGUUGUUAUAUUACCAUCAAUUAUUUAAAAAAUAUUUAAUUUUAUUUUCGUAAAAGAUGUGAGCUAUACCAAGACUUGUUUUUUACUUCGACUUACCUCUAUAAGCACAAAUUUAGAUAAAUUUAAAUAGGAUUGCCGUCCUUGCUUAACCUUAAUUAGAAACUAUAACCGUUCGCCUCUCCUAUAUUUAAGAAGAAGAAUAUAGUCGCACCUUUAAU